GGUAAGACAGAGCAGGCCAUUUCAUUAUUCUGGAUUCUAACUUUCGCAAAACUGAUCCAUCCUGGUGCACUAUAAAAGGCAAACCUCCCUCCCAAUUCCAUUCACAUCAGAACAUCGAGAGACUUGCUAAGCUUGCCGUAAAGCUUCUCAGCUCUGAUCUUCUCUACCAUUGCUAUCAGACAUGGCAAUUCCAGUCAUCGACUUCUCAAAGUUGGAUGGCAAAGAAAGGGCUGAAACUUUGGCUAAGAUCGCCAAUGGAUGCGAAGAAUGGGGAUUCUUUCAGCUUGUGAACCAUGGGAUUCCAGUGGAGCUUCUCGAACGCGUGAAGAAGGUCAGCUCUGAAUGUUACAAACUGAGAGCUGAAGCCUUCAGGAAAUCCAAUCCUGUCCGUUUGUUGAACAGAUUGGUGGAUCAAGAAGGCGAGGAGAUUGGUAAUGUUGAGCGGUUGGACAAUGUGGAUUGGGAGGAUGUGUUUAUUCUCCAAGAUGACAAUGAAUGGCCGUCCACACCCCCAGAGUUCAAGGAAACCAUGAAGGAGUACAGGAGAGAGCUCAGGAAACUGGCAGAGAAACUAAUGGAAAUAAUGGAUGAAAACUUGGGUUUAGAGAAGGGCCGCAUAAAGAAUGCUUUCUCUGGCAAUGGCGAACAUGAGCCUUUCUUCGGGACCAAGGUGAGCCACUAUCCACCCUGCCCUCGUCUCGACCUGGUUCAAGGCCUUCGUGCCCACACCGAUGCCGGCGGUGUCAUCCUGCUUUUCCAAGAUGACAAAGUGGGCGGACUCCAGAUACUUAAAGAUGGCCGGUGGAUCGAUGUCCAGCCUGUAGCCAAUGCCAUUGUGAUCAACACCGGAGAUCAGAUAGAGGUGCUCAGCAAUGGACGAUACAAGAGCGCGUGGCACCGUGUGCUCGCCACCAGCAACAGUAACCGCCGCUCCAUUGCGUCCUUCUACAACCCCUCCCUCAAGGCCACCAUAGCUCCAGCAACCACUGGAGAAGAGGCUCAACCUUUGUACCCCAAGUUUGUGUUUGGGGACUACAUGGAUGUGUAUGUCAAGCAGAAGUUUCAGCCCAAGGAGCCAAGGUUUGAAGCAGUGGUGGCCUUGCGAAGGCAAAGCAGAAGCUAGAAAUGAACAUGAGAAACAAGGUUGCAUGGAUUUAGUUUUUUUUCAGCCUGUGAAAGAACAUGGAUUUAAUUUUCUUCAACCUAUACAAGAACAUGGAUUUAAAUUUUUUUUCGACCAAUGUAAGCGUCAGUGUUGAGUCCUACAGUGAGAAGUCCUGCUUUGGUUCGCACGGUAGCUCGACCAAUCAUAAAACUCUGUUAUUUUUGAGUGAUCAGUGGUGGCUUUGUGCCCUCGACAUCAUGGGCUGAUUAAGUCGUAACUUAUUUUUACCAUGUAAUUCUUUCUGGAUAAAUAGUUCAUUUACCAU